AUGGCCGCCGAGAUGCAGAAUCGGGCGACGCGAUUUCAGGAAGAGUAUUACAAUCUCCGGGCAGCCGAUGCUGCGGUGGGCGAUUUUCGCGAGUGUCGCGGAUCGGUUGGAGCUCUCACGAGGACUCAGCAGAGGGAUUAUGCUUUCAAAGAGGAGUUGAGCUUUAUGCAAGGUGGCAUGAAGGACAAUGUUCACGCUGAGUCGCUUGUUCCCCCUAUCGAGGAAAGGAUAGCCAAUCCCAUAUUUCCGUGGCCAAGUGUGGCCGUUUUAUCUGUUCAUGCCGCGACCGUAGUAGGUUGCUGCAAGGAUGUUGGUGCUACACUGGUUAUUUGCCAAUGGGUAUUCGAUGAUGAGGCAAACCAUCUAUUGAUGCACAGGAAUUUGCCUGCUGUCAGAUGGGUCGGAGGUGUUGAGUUAGAGCUUAUCGCAAUAGCCACAGGCGGCAGAAUUGUUCCAAGAUUCCAGGAGUUGACCCCAGAGAAGUUAGGGAAGGCUGGCAUGGUCCGUGAAAAAUCAUUUGGUACAACAAAAGAACGUAUGCUGUAUAUUGAGCACUGUGCGAACUCAAAAGCUGUUACUAUUUUCAUCUGUGGAGGUAACAAAAUGAUGAUAGAAGAAACAAAGCGUAGUAUCCAUGAUGCUCUGUGUGUGGCAAGGAAUCUCAUCCGCAAUAAUUCAAUUGUAUAUGGAGGUGGUGCAGCUGAAAUCGCAUGCUCACUUGCCGUUGAUGCAGCUGCUGAUAAAUACCCUGGCGUGGAGCAGUACGCAAUAAGGGCAUUUGCAGAAGCGUUGGAUUCUGUACCGAUGGCUCUUGCAGAGAACAGUGGUUUACAGCCCAUUGAGACACUCUCUGUCGUUAAAUCUCAGCAACUUAAGGAGAACAUUCCUUUCUAUGGGAUAGAUUGCAAUGACGUGGGAACAAACGAUAUGAGAGAGCAAAAUGUGUUUGAAACAUUGAUCGGGAAGCAGCAGCAGAUUUUGCUUGCAACUCUAGUCGUUAAGAUGAUUCUAAAGAUCGACGAUGUCAUCUCCAGUUCUGAAUACUGAUGAUGUACUGCUUUGACUUUUGUACUAUCCUUUGGCCCCUUAUGCUUUCUCUCUAAUAGUUUUUGACUCUAUACUCGGCAACAAUGUUUUGUUUCCCUCUUGCAAGCCUUUAUUUUAAAAACAUUCUCAUUUUGUGUUCCAGAUUUUGGUUCUAUCCCACUUUGUGUUUUAGUCUUUUAG